UUAUUUUUAUGCUAGUACCAAAAUUAGUAGUCUAGUCAUAAUAUAAUAGUAAUUCUAAUUUUUGAGUACUUUUGAGUAUUUAGCUGAUCUUCCGUUUUGUCUACAUAAGCCAAUCAGAGUGCGGCAUUUAGUCGCGCGAUGUUUUGAAUACGUCACUUUAACUGUCAGCUGUCAACAAGUUUGUAAAUACCCGCAGUCAAGUUUUUGUUUGAGGUAAUAAUAUCUCUAGUGGUUAUUUAAUUUCCCCGAGGCAGGCUCCGUCCAGACAAUGGCGAUAGAUGUUUGUAUAAUCGGACAUUCGUUUAUUCGCCGUUCGAACGACUCUCACGAUCUACGGAAUUUCUGAAUUUCCUCAAACCUCACACUGUGUGUUUCAUCCGUGAAAAUGACUUGUGCCAUGCGGAUCCACGAAAAGUCACUAUUGACAUUUUGUCAUAUGCGGAAUACCUCAAUGAGGGGGUUGACUGUGAAUAAGCAGCUCAAGUCAGAGACUGAAAAGCUUCAUGGAAUUCAUUUUUGGUCUCAUCGUGGUUUCUGGGCGGACCUGACCUACCUGGGGAGAGAUGGGGUCAACAUUGAAUCUGGUUCUCGCCACAUGAAGAAAUACCAUCACAACAUUAGAAUAGCUGUCCAGUUCAACAUUCAAGAUAAGCAGCGUUACCAUGCCAAAACGCAAACAUCCUGUGGAGACAAGUGAAGGUACUAGAGCAAAACAUAAACCUCAGGCUGAAGCAAUUGAUUACCAAAGACUUGCGCAAGAAAUUGUUAAAUUGCAAAAACCAAACUCUGGUGCAUCAAGCAGUACAGUGGUACCCCUAGAAAAUGCUGCAUCUGCUACAUAUGCAAACACCGUCAAUGAGUUACCUGCACCAACGACUGCUUCUUCGUCUAUGCAAGAUAACCCUAUAUUGUCAGUAGUAUCUCAACUUUUAGAAAACACAGGUGAGCCAGUAGGCACAAACAAAGGUUUCUUCAAUUCUGAUAAUCUUAUCUCUGUAACAGAAGGUAUUCCUCUUGGUGCAACAAUUCCACAAAAGAUAAAGGCAAAAAUUUGGUCGAAUGAAUUGUUUAAUUUAAAAGUAUUAUUGUCCCACCAAGACGAAGAACCUCUUACGUUGUGCAUUACUCCAGGGGUCAUUAAUUUUCAGCAAAGUUUAAAAUCAAAAACCCCCAUGUUCAUCAGUCAGUGGACUGAUGCCUUUCUUAUCUUUAUUAACAUUAGAAUUCAGAAACACCCACCAGAAACUCCCCAUUUAUUAAAAUACAUGAGCUUUAUUAGAGAAAUGCAAAGACUGCAUGGGGAUGUUGCUUGGAGAACAUAUGACGAAUCUUUCAGAAAGCUUAGGGCGUCUUUGGCUGUAGAUUGGCAAAAACCUAUUGAGGAAUUAAGAGGUAAAUGUAUUGCCAUGUCCAACAUUUGCAGUGAAAAAUCUUACUAAUAUUAUUGAUUUUGUUGGUUUGAACCCUGCUCUAUACAAGGGUCACAGCUUCAGGAUAGGGGCAAACACUCAUGCAGUACAUUUGGGUUAUUCUGAAAACUGCAUUCAUUAAGUAGGAAGAUGAAAAUCUGAUGCUAUUCGCAGAUACAUAUGUCUGUCAAUCUUUACAUUUUAAAUAUGUAUAACAAAUGCUAUGUAUAUAAAUUUUUCUUGGAAGAUUUUCACAGUUCAGAAGUUAACUGCUGUGUAUUACAGAGGGUUCCGCUUAAUCUGAUAGUCUGUAUAAUUGUAUCUAUUAUGCAUUGUUUGUGUUUUUAAUUCAAUGUAUAGAUUAGUUGUAUUUCAAAAAUUCAGUUCUCAUCACAAUUCCCUAUCAUUUGUCUUAUAUUGGACAUUAUUUAAAG